CAGUAAACAAGGUGUGCCUUUGCAUUCGAGCUUUGAAAGCUAAAAAAAAAAAGGACCAAGAGGAACAAAAAGGACAUGUCACUUUAAAUGAAAUGGAGUCUGCUUAUACUUCUAAAUGUAGUCCGAGGGUGUUCAGGUCGCAUUCAGUUUUUGUUAGUGAGAUCAAAGAAUUCCAGCUUAGCUUUGCUGAAAAGGAAGAUGUUCUUUUUACUUUACCUAUGAUGGAACAGCUGGGAGGGGAAAUACAUUUUUUUGGUUUAAAUGAUCACAAUCAACCACAAAUGAAUUCACAAAGUAGUUUUACAGAUGUGGCCUCAAUCAAAGAGAGCUCCAAAUCCCAUCAGUCAGAACAUCUAAGGAAAAGAUGCGUUCAGGGACAAUCAUGGAGGAGCUUUGAGGCCAGGCUUGUUGAAAUCAAAGGCCUGAGAGAUGAUUUUUUUUUCUUUUUUUUUUUCCCGGGCUCUCCAUAUAAUUCUGAGAAAAAUAAAUGUGGUCAGUUAAUCUGCAGCUUGGAAAAGGACAACAGCCAAUGCAGCAUGUUCAAGCUGCCCCCCUACUGGGCGGCCCAUGAGCCUGUCGAUAUGGUGGUUUGAUGUUGGAUGGAAAAUAAGAACCCCCCACAACAAACAGAGGGCUGGAACAGAGAGACUGGAACAGAGAAAGAGAGGCUAGAAAGGGAAGAACCAUCGACAGAUGGACUCUGUUGUGAUUAAAGAUGGCGGCAGUCUUUACUGCAGACUACGAAGGACUAUUCUCGAUCCCUAGAAAAGCGGUGGGAGUAGUCUGCGAUCCAGCACAACAAAACCAAGAAGCACACAGUAAGGUAAAUCAGCAGGAGCAAAUGGAUGGUAAAGACAAACCGCUAUGGCGACAUUCUGCUCCAGCCGGAUCUUUACUUUUCAUGAGGGUGAAAGCGGCUUUACCAUUACCGCAGCACAGUGUGUUAAAUAACUGUACAAUGGAAUCUUCAGUGAAAGGAUGCACUGCUGGAGGAUGUGUGGAGAAGACAAUCAAAGUCAAGGAGCUUUUUUGCAGCGGCAUAAGUAGAAUUCUGGAUCGAACAGUUGCACAGUGCGGGCUCUUCAGGGACGUGGUAUAUGGAUGCUGGGACUAUGAGCAUAAGCGACAAAAGGGACUACUUGGCAGACCUGGGAGGCAGCUUCACUGAGGACGCUCCCAGACCACCGGUCCCUGGGGAAGAAGGCGAGCUGGUGUGCGGUGACGGUCGGCAGCACAGCAACCUCAGCUUCUCCUCCAAAAGCGAGAGCCUAAAAUGCGAGGCAUCCGUGGCUACGCCCAGGCGACCCGAUCUGGACUUGGGUUACGAGCCCGAAGGCAGCGCUUCCCCAACGCCGCCUUACUUAAAGUGGGCAGAAUCUCUUCACUCCCUCCUGGAUGACCAGGAUGGCAUCCAGCUGUUCAGGACGUUCCUCAGGCAGGAGGAUUGUGCGGAUAUGUUGGACUUCUGGUUUGCGUGCAGCGGCUUUCGCAAGCUUGAAGCCAACGAGGGCAACGAGGAGAAGAAGGUGAAGCUGGCGAAAGCGAUCUAUAAGAAGUACAUCCUGGACAACAAUGGGAUUGUCUCCAGACAGAUCAAACCGGCUACCAAGUCCUUCAUCAAAGACUGUGUGAUGAAGCUUCACAUCGAUCCUGCCAUGUUCGACCAGGCUCAGACUGAGAUACAGACUAUGAUGGAGGAGAACACCUAUCCUUUAUUCCUGAAGUCUGACAUAUAUUUGGAAUACACACGGACAGGAGGGGAGAGCCCUAAGCUGUACAGUGAUCAGAGCUCUGGUUCCGGGAAUGGGAAGGGACUGUCGGGUUAUUUACCGACUUUAUACGAGAAAAGCAGAUUUGACCAAGAGCCGGAGGAGCAGCCCGAGUGCGACUCCACGCCGAGCAGCCGGCUCGCUCAGAAGCUGUUAACGGAGCCGCAGCAAGUUGCCAAAAGCGCAAGAUUCCAGGACAGUCACCAGUACAGGCAUGAACCAUGUCGGGAGCCCAUCAACCCGUAUUAUGUCAACACCGGUCACGUUAAGGCUCCUGCCACCAGCGCCAAUGAUAGCGAGCAGCAGAGUAUGUCCAGUGACGCAGACACAAUUUCCCUUACGGACAGCAGUGUAGAUGGGGUUCCACCCUACAGAUACCGCAAACAGCAUCGCCGGGAGAUGCACGAAAGUGCCAAAGCAAAUGGGCGAGUGCCACUACCUCAUAUUCCUCGCCCAGACCGGAUUCCAAAGGAUAUACAUGUGGAGCCGGAGAGGUUCGCUGCAGAGCUGAUCAGGAGGCUGGAGGGAGUGCUGAGGGAGAGGGAGGCUCAGGAGAAGCUGGAGGAGCGACUGAAGAGAGUACGGCUGGAAGAGGAAGGCGAUGAAGUCGUCAUGGCCACUGCAGCUUCAUUACCCAGUCACAGGUUCCCCCCUGGUGCUUAUUCGCAGAAUUACAACUCCCGCUAUGCCGACAUCACCUACAGUGAUCCUUUCCUCAGAGAUGCUCACGAGGAAAACCCUGAGAGCAUCUUGGACGACCACGUCCAGCGGGUCAUGAAGACUCCCGGCUGCCAGUCGCCAGGAACCGGCCGCCAUUCCCCCAAGUCGCGCUCACCGGACGGUUUCCCAGGGAUCAAAGGGGCGGGACCGUCAGGCCAGGGGAAGCAUCCAUCUCGGCACGGUUUCAAGGGAGACUCCAGCCACAUGUACCACCACAAACACGUGCACCACAUCCACCACACAGGCGUCGGGAAGCCCAAAGAGCAGGCGGAAGCAGAGGCGGCCACGCGUGUUCACGGCAGCUUUCCCUGGAGCGUGGAGUCGAGUCAUUACGGGUCCAAGUCUCGCAGCUACGCAGAUGGAAUGGGUUCCAACCCUACAGAGCAUACAGGAUAUAGCAGCAAAAGUGGCUCACAGUGUAAAAGAGCAUUCAAGAAAGGUGAGGAAGUGCGGCCUUAUGACAUGCCGGGGCCUACAGAGGAGAUGGAGAAAAACCAGAAGAUCCUUUUGUGGCUGAUGGAAGGACAGAAAGAAAUGGUUCAACACAAGAGGAGUCCGUACGGGAGUAUAACAGGGUCCAAGAGGACGACGGGCCAUGAGGGAUCCCGCCUCAGCUCAGCAGAGCGGUCCGGCUCUAUGCAUCCAUGCGUCGGCACCCAGCUGCGGAACAACGUGCAGCCUUCUCACCCAUUCAUCCAGGACCCCACUAUGCCCCCCAACCCAGCUCCCAGCCCCCUCAUCCAGCUGGAGGAGGUCUGCCGGCGGCUCGAGGAGGAGAAGAUUAAGUCUGGAACUUUACAGCCCAAGCAGCGGUACGUGAUGGAGGUGAUCCAGAGGGGUCGUACAGCAGUCAGACCAGCGCUGUUCCCUCCGCUCAGUGUGGUGCCCGCCGUCUCGGACAGCGAGCUCUCCGAGCCCGAACAUAAAGCCAAUAAAAAGCAGCCGUGUGAAAACAUUACGGUGGCGUACUACUUCUGUGAGGAGCUGAUACCAUACAGGACGUCUGUCAAAGGGAGGGUUGUCACACUGGGCCAGUUCAAAGAACUGCUAACAAAGAAAGGAAAUUACAGAUAUUAUUUCAAGAAGGUCAGCGAUGAGUUUGACUGUGGGGUUGUGUUCGAGGAGGUGCGUGAAGAUGACGCCAUCUUGCCAAUCUUUGGCGAGAAGAUUAUCGGGAAAGUCGAAAAAGUUGAUUGAAAUGCAUUUUGAAGAGGAAAAGCGGGGUUGAAAAACCAGCACCUAGUGAUCCGACGAGCGAUUGGAUGGUGAAGAGGAAGUGAUUCGAGAUGGAUGGGGUGGAGGAGGAAAAACUGAUGGAUUUAGAGCGAAACAGCAGUCAGUGACUUUUGAGGUUCUGUAGCACCACUGCAGUGAAGCUGAAGGGGGGAAAAAAAAAAAGAAAAAAAGACCUCAUUCACUUCUCCGGAGUGUAAUGUAGCAUUGUAAAGUUUACUAGAUAAAUGAAGAACAAAAAGUGCUACUAAAGCUACAUAUUUUUGAUAAUGAUGUAUCAGAGCGUUUCCUUUCUAAAGUAACCGCACUUGUAAUUUUUUAUAUGUAUUGGUACCAGAUAUGUACAGUUUGUGUUAAAAAAAAAGAUAAAAUUUUAUAUCUAUUUAAGUAUUUAAAAUUUCCAAUCUUAUUAAAGCGUUGCCCCCUGUUGAAGACGAUCAAGAUCCUUUAUAGGGCUGUUUUUUUUUGUGGGGGGGUUGUUUUUGUUAUUUUUUCAUUCAUUGUAAGAGCCCUUUUGGGCUCAAAUGCUCUUCUAAGUGCUUUUAAUACUUCACUGAUCUUAUUUUGUGGCUGAUUGUUCAGUGUGUUGUUUAGCACCGAGUGUGUCUCAUUGUUCUAAAGGACAAAAUCAUGAAUAACCAGAAAUCCAGAAACACUCGUGCAGUCGAACAAUCCAGUAGUACAACCCUGUUCGUUAAUAUAGAACCUUCAAGAAGCUUGUGGUCAUUUUUCACAGGUUUCGUUUCAAAAUAAAACCGCUUUUUAAAUGUAAUGCAGUGCCAAAACCUAAUCAUUUGGUUCAUGGGUCAUUUCUGACCUUCUCUGACAAUUUCCGCCAAAUUCGUUCAUCCGUUUUUGAGCAAUGUUGCUAACAGACAGACAGACAAACCAACAGCGAUCAUCACAUAACUUCGCUCAGGCUCUGCAUCCUUCGCCAAAUACCAUUGAGUAGUUCUUCUCUGAUAUAAUCUGAACAUAAACUCCAUGUCAUACAUUUCAUAAAGUGGUUUCUUGUACCCCUAUUGGGUUGCGUUAUUGUUUAUUGCACUAGUUAUUUUGUUUCUGGUUAUUCUGGUUUGGUUUAGACUCCAUGUAAAUGUAGCCGAUAGCUAUGUUUAUCUGUGCUCAUCCACUACGUUGUUUUUACCCCAAAUAUUGCAUUUUGAGUAGACUUUAGAUGCAGUAAUAGUCAAAAAAAAAGGUGAUUGGAAAUUCCAAGGUGAAUAUCUAUGCAAGUAGAUUUCUAAUUUUGUCGCCCCUAAUCCACAAAUGGCAUUUGUAUUUAUUGUAACAUUAGCACAAUGUUUAAAAUAAUUCGAGGCUUCACAUAGAAAUGGUCUGAAUUCCCUAAUCAUGAUUAAGAAUUCUAAGUUUUGUAAAAGAGUGCCAGUUAAAGUUUGGAGAAACGUUUCCUUUCUAAUUUAUUUUUGGGAUUAUUUCUGCUUUAACACUGAAUGGCAUUGCCCGCACUCCGUUAUGUUAGCAUUAGACGUUAGCGUUGCUCAUGCUAUAGAAACAGCAGCUUUUCAACCUGUAGACUUGCACACUCGAGGUUUGAAGUGGAGAGAGUUCUUAUCAUGUCACAGCAUUUGACUGAGAAGGCCAAUAAAUGUCAUCAGAAUACUAUGAAAAGGAGUACAUGAGUGCAUGUACAGGUUCUAUCCAUGGGAGCUGAUGAGGGCUAACGGACACUGAAAUGUUGCAGAGACGCUACUCUUCAAAAGUUUGGGGUCACCCAGACAAUUUCAUGUUUUCCAUAAAAACUCACACUUUUAUUCAUGUGCUAACAUAAUUGCACAAGAGUUUUCUAAUCAUCAAUUAGCCUUUCAACACCACUAGCUAACACAAUGUAGCAUUAGAACACAGGAGUGAUGGUUGCUGGAAAUGUUCCUCUGUGCCCCUAUGUAGAUAUUGCAUUAAAAAUCAGGUGUUACCAGCUAGAAUAGUCAUUGAGUACAUCAACUAUGUCUAGAUUGUAUUUCUGAUUCAUUUAACCUUUCCUACAUUGAACAAAACUGCUUUUCUUUCAGACAUAAGUACAUUUCUAAGUGAUCCCAAACUUUUGAAAGGUAGUGUGUGUUAAUGCCCUUUUUUGUUCAUUCCCUACAACGUACCACCGUAAACCUUUAAUCACUGCUCAGCUGGUCAGUGGAUUAAGAAUUGUCUGCACUAAGAGGUGAUGUCUGAUCUGUAGCCUUCUCUAGCUUCUCACAGCUACAUCUUGUGCCUGGCAGGAAUUGUUUAGUGCAAGUGAUCUGUUUGGUCACGUUACACCAAAGAGGAAAAAAAAAAGAGCAGACGGUAGAUAUGCUCUUAAAUGAGCCCUUUUUACACUGAGUUUUAGCCAGCACUUAUUUGAUAUCUUCGUGUUUUUUUUAAUAGGAAACACCGAAGCUCUCUUAUGGAAAUUGAGAAUGUUCUUUUAAAUAUCUCUUAUUGUAGGUUUCUGCUGCAUCUUGCUACCACCCACAUUCACGUGUAAUGUUCGGUUACUAAUGCAAUGCCUUCUCAGCCAGUUUGCAUUUGCUUUUCUCCUUUAUCUCGCAAUGUGAAUGACAGUUUUGCACUGGAACAGCACAAACUGCAACUGAACAGUAUGGCACAAAAUCAGCUGGAGCGUCGAAGUGACAUUAAGAUUCAAGGCCACCAUGUUUUUUUAUUUUUCGUGCUCUAGUCCUUAACCUUGUGCCAGAGCCCACAGAGAGGAAUGUGCUAUCAUAAAUGUGAAGUCUGUUGUAAUAGCCAGUGGACCUUGAGUCCAGAGUGCUGUAUUGGAUUGUGUUGUUGCAUAGAAACCCAGUGUAGGAAAUUGAUCCUUUGUUUGUUUGUUUGUUUUUGAGAUGCUGCUUUUUUAGAUUCCUAACUUAAAUCGGUUUUAAUAUUUAUAGUGCUUUAGCUUCCAGUGAUCCUUUGCCUGUUAAAUUAUAAUUUUUCUGAGUACGUGAUGAAGUUAAUACCUUUACGUGUUGUCUUGAUUUGCAUUUUUUAAAACGAGAACAUCAACUCUGUUAUGAAUUUUUACUGUGAAAGCCCCAAAAGUGAACUUCUCUUAUUUAAAAUCAAUGAAAUGUGUAUAAUAAACAGCAGAGUGCCUUUAUUACUAUGCUAUACUACUAUUUCAGACCGACAUGGGGACAUAAAUACCAGGGACUAGCUUGAUAUUUUUGUUGAGAGUUUUUUAUUUUGCUAAGUUGUUCAUGUCUGUCACUGUUCUGCCUUUUUUUUUUAAAUGUAAAUAUGUACAACUUAAAUUGUCAUCAACCAGCAGCCCAGUCAUCACAUCCAGUACCCUGGACCUGUUUCUGUUCACUAACUAGCAUGGUAACCAUUUAAAGGUACCUGGACAAUAAAUACAUGCAAUAAACCAG